UGGAGUGCAGUGGCACGAUCUUGGCUCACUGCAACCUCCGCCUCCCAGGUUCAAGUGAUUCUCCUGCCUCAGCCUCCUGAGUAGCUGGAAUUAUAGGCAUGUGCCACCACGCCCAGCUAAUUUUUGUAUUUUCAGUAGAGACGAGGUUCCACCAUGUUGGCCAGGCUGGUCUCGAACUCCUGACCUCAAGUGAUCUGCCUGCCUCGGCUUCCCGAAGUGCUGGGAUUAAAGGCGUGAGCCACCGUGCCCAGCCCAGGAUCUUCAAUAGUUUUUAUGGGUAUAAUGAGUUCUUGAGAUAAAAGUUUGAAAACCAUUGCCCUUGUCUAUCGGCCGGGUAUAAGAACUCCUAUUGACCACAUUUGUUACCAGAGGAUUAGACAAGAAAUUGGAGUGGUCUUCUUUGAGUGAUAACUUGUUUUGAUUGCAAAAAUCAACUACGUCAAGAUAAACUAUAGUUUUUGGCCAGAAUGUCAUUUAGAAAUGCAGCAAAUGUUAAUACAGGAUUUCUUUUUGUUUUUCUUGGUGAUGUUUAAUGGAAAUAAACAUAAUCCUGGUAAAAGGAGAAACACAUACAUGGAAAGGAUUUGGAACAGUGUCUAGCAUAAGAGUAAGCCCUUAACACAGGUAGUGAUUAUUACUAUUUUAUUAUUACCCUAUCACAGUCGCUAUUCAUUUAUUUAUUCAACAAGUAUUUAUUGAGUACUAUAUACCAGGCUCAAUGGUCUGCAUCGCAGAUUCAGUGAUGGGCAAAACACAAACUGUUCUGCCUUCAAGGACUUUAUAGUCAAGUGGGAGAGGCAGUGGAAUCAUCACAUAAAAACUCUAAUUACAAAUUGUGGUAAGCAAACGAAGUGAUAGAGAUAUAAGUAGACCAAGAUUUUAUCUGAUUUUCAGAGCCAGUAAAAGCUUCUCUGGAGAAGUCCCAGUUGAGCUGCAAUUUGAAAAAUGUGCAGGAGGAAUUAAGGAGACACAAAGGAAAGAGUAGCUUGCUGAGCAUGUUUAAACACCCUUCAGUAGAAAGAGAAUGAUGAGGGGGCCAAUGUGACUGAAACCCAAAGACUCAAUAACUAUUUAAUGGCAAAAACCACAAUCACUUUUGCACCAAUUUAAUAGUAGCAGUAGUAGGAGGUUAGAUCCCAAGCCAUUGGGGGAUUUUUAAGGCUUUGCUAAGAAUUUUAGACUUUCAUUACAUGAUCAGUGGGGAGCCAUGGAAAGUUUAGGAAAAGUGUGACAACCUUAGAUUUGCGUUUUCGACAGAUCACUGGCAGCUGGAGUGUAGUGGGGCAAGGGUGACAAGCAGGGAGACUAUUUACAGGGUCACAGCAGUAUCCCAGUGAAAGAUGCUGGGAGCCUGGAACAGGAUAAUGGCAGGUAGAGACACAAAACAGUGGAUGAAUUUGGGAUGUAUAAUAUUUUGGAAGUAGGGCCACAGGCCCUGGUGAUUAAUUGAAACUUUAGCACAAUAAUCACACAAAGUCGAAGAUCCUCCCCAGCAAGAUUAGCUAAUAGGUUAUUGAUAAGUUGCAAAAUCUUCCCCAUUCUCCCUUGGCAAAGAUUCAAAAGCCCUGGUGAUACUCAGGGCCGACAGAUUACUCAGGCCGCACAGAGCACGUGCACAAGGCCAUCACCCGCCUUGUGACGCAAGACUUCAUUCUCUGGAUGUCAGUGGCCUGGAAGCGCAACGUUUCCUGGGCAACGCCAUUGUCGCAGCUCCGGGCGGGGGAGGGAUGACUACAGACAACGGCCAGGAGAGAACUCCACAAGAGAGUGUCAGAGCGAAAAUGUGCAACAAGUGCGGCGGCUCCUGCCAUGGCAGGUGAUUCGAGGACUCAGCACAAGGCGAGAGUAGGGACCGGGAAGAGCCGGAAAACCCGCCUGUGAUUGGCCGUCCACGGGUAUCGGUCGCUUGUGAUUGGGUGAGGCCCAGACAGACAGCUGCGUUUUGAACCGCGUAGGGUUCUGGGUAGCAAAGGCCUUGCAAGGCUCUUAACCGAAAGGGGGAGGGGGAAGGUCGCCAACAAACGGCUGAGCUCACAAUCCAGGCCGGGGCGUCCCCCUCCCCCAUGGAGAGAGCCAGACCGGAGCCGUCGCCUCAGCCGCGCCCGUUGCGUCCCGGUCCGCCCCCGCUGCCGGUCGAGGGCACCUCCUUUUGGGCAGCAGCCAUGGAGCCUCCUCCGUCGUCUCCCACACUGAGCGCGGCCGCCAGUGCGCCCUUGGCCUCGUCGUGCGGGGAGGCCGUGGCGUCCGGCUUACAGCCCGCGGUGCGGCGGCUGCUGCAGGUGAAGCCAGAGCAGGUGUUGCUGCUACCACAGCCUCAGGCCCGGAACGAGGAAGCGGCUGCUUCGCCCGCGCAGGCGCGGCUGUUGCAGUUCAGGCCCGACCUGCGGCUCUUGCCGCCGCCAGCAGCGUUAGACGGCGCCACCUCCAGGCCCGAGUUGCACCCGGUGCAGCCCCUGGUGCUGCACUUCAAGGCCAAGAAGCAGGAGCUGGGGCCCAGCCUGCAUCAGUCAGUGGGGCCUCGGGGGGCCGUCGAAACCGGUCCUAGAGCCUCCAGGGUGGUCAAGUUGGAAGGCCCUGGGCCGGCCCUCGGCUACUUCCGAGGGGACGAGAAGGGCAAGCUGAAGGCGGAGGAGGUCAUGAAAGAAGCGAUGAAAGGCGGGGAAGGCAAAAGCCCGGCGGCCAUCCGAGAAGGUGUGAUCAAAACGGAGGAACCCGAGAGACUCCUCGAGGACUGCAGGCUUGGCGCGGAGCCCGCGUCCAAUGGCCUGGUUCAUGGCAGCGCGGAGGUCAUCUUGGCCCCAACGUCCGGUGCCUUUGGGCCGCACCAGCAAGACCUUAGGAUCCCUUUGACUCUCCACACGGUCCCCCCUGGGGCCCGGAUCCAGUUUCAGGGAGCUCCGCCUUCAGAGCUGAUAAGAUUGACCAAGGUCCCCCUGACACCAGUGCCUAUUAAAAUGCAGUCCCUACUGGAGCCUUCUGUAAAAAUUGAAACCAAAGAUGUCUCGCUCACCGUGUUGCCCUCAGAUGCAGGCAUACCAGAUACUCCCUUCAGUAAGGACAGAAAUGGUCAUGUGAAGCGACCCAUGAACGCAUUUAUGGUUUGGGCAAGGAUCCACCGACCAGCACUAGCCAAAGCUAACCCAGCAGCCAACAAUGCAGAAAUCAGUGUCCAGCUUGGGUUAGAGUGGAACAAACUUAGUGAAGAACAAAAGAAACCCUAUUACGAUGAAGCACAAAAGAUUAAAGAAAAGCACAGAGAGGAAUUUCCUGGUUGGGUUUAUCAGCCUCGUCCAGGGAAGCGAAAACGAUUCCCUCUAAGUGUUCCCAAUGUAUUUUCUGGUACCACACAGAAUAUCGUCUCUACAAAUCCUACAACAGUUUAUCCUUACCGCUCACCUACAUACUCUGUGGUAAUUCCCAGCCUACAGAAUCCCAUCACUCAUCCAGUUGGUGAAACCUCACCUGCUAUCCAGCUGCCCACACCUGCAGUCCAGCGCUCAAGCCCUGUCACACUUUUCCAGCCCAGCGUCUCCAGUGCUGCUCAGGUGGCUGUCCAGGAUCCAAGUCUACCUCUCUAUCCAGCACUCCCACCCCAACGCUUUGCUGAGCCUUCCCAAACAGACACUCAUCAGCUGCAUUCUGAAGCCGCUCACACUGUGAAGCAACCCACCCCUGUCUCUCUAGAGAGCACCAACAGGAUUUCAAGUAGUGCAAGUACUGCCCAUGCCAGAUUUGCAACUUCGACCAUCCAACCUCCUAAGGAGUAUUCCAGCAUUUCCCCUUGUCCCAGAAGUGCUCCAAUCCCCCAGGCUUCUGCCAUUCCACACCCACAUGUCUACCAGCCCCCUCCCCUUGGCCAUCCAGCCACACUGUUCGGGACACCACCAAGAUUCUCUUUUCAUCACCCUUACUUCCUACCCGGACCUCACUACUUCCCAUCAAGUACAUGCCCUUACAGUCGGCCUCCCUUUGGCUAUGGAAAUUUUCCGAGUUCAGUGCCAGAAUGCCUUAGUUAUUAUGAAGACAGGUACCCAAAACAUGAGGGUGUAUUUUCAGCUUUAAAUAGAGACUAUUCUUUUAGAGCCUACUCAAGUGAAUGCACACACAGCGAAAAUUCUCGGAGUUGUGACAACAUGAAUGGAACUUCUUACCAUAACAGUCAUAGCUACAGUGGGGAAGAAGACUUAAACCCUGUGCCUCAGCUGGACAUUGGAACCUUGGAGAAUGUCUUCACAGCCCCGACAUCAACUCCUUCCAGCAUCCAGCAAGUCAAUGUCACUGACAGUGAUGAGGAGGAAGAAGAAAAAGUGCUCAGGGAUUUAUAAUUUUAAAACAAAUAUGCACAGAAAAUAAACAUUUCUUAAAAUAUAUUCUGGGUCAGUUGGUAUGAGAAAAAAAAAAGCCUAGAAUUCUUUGUUGAAAGUUUUCAGGCAUGAUUUGAGGAGUUAAAACCAAAUGCAAUUUAUGUCUUCAUAAAAUUUUGAUUAGUGAAACUAGAGUCUGGAUGUUUCAUUGUAGGAAUAUUUAAGUUAUUAAGUAGUUUAUUUUUAAUGGCUGAAAUUUGUAUCAACAUGUAUUAUUACUUUAUCCUGGAACAUGCAAAAUACUGAAGCCUCACAGUUGUAUGUGAGGAGAAAGGGGGUAUAAAUCUAGCACAGUGUGAUUUUUAUUUUAUCUCAGGAUACAUUUUUUUAAAUGAUUUUUUGUUUGCUUUUUAUGUAAUACUUAUGGAUGUUGUCAAUUUUUGAUGUAACAUUUUGAAAGUAUUUUGACAACUCUUAGUGAACUUGGACUCGGUUGCUAAAUUUAACUUAACACUAAUAACCAAUUAUAAGUUCCAAAUGUGUUUUAAUGGCACCUGGGUGAUUCUUCAGCUAAAUUUAGUCAUUUCUGUUUCUAAAUAUUUUAUCAUUUUAAAAUAUUUUUUUCCAUUUGGCAUACAUUAUUCUUUGUUGUAAUUAAAUAAACAUAGAUAAAAUUGUU